CAACAUUCUCAAAAUCCAGAUUUCAUUAGUCCAAGUUCGUCUUGCCAAGUCUGGGUCUAUGAUGUCAACGCCUUCAGGUUCAAGCUUUAAGUUCAGAGGGCACGUUCGAGGGAGCUUGCCUUUGCACAACCACAACCAUUCAACGGCUCGAACCCAAACUUCAAGUCUUAAUUUCUUCGUGUUUGACUAUGAAACCCUACUCUUCCAGUUCCACGUACAUGUCGGGCGACAUCAAAGCCUUGCGCUUCCGCGAUGUGGAAGAGUCUGCCAAAGAUGUUGCGCCUGAAGUUUCGUUCCCUGAAGACACCGAGAGCUCAACAGAACAAAGUGCAUAUCCAAUGGUACAGCCCAUGAAGGCUGCUCUUUACUUCGACAAUGCGAACGGAUUCGGCGAGUGGCGAAUCCUAAUAUCCACAGAGGCAUACAAUCAUCUACGCGAACACCGUCGAGCGGACAAAAAAAUAUUCAAGAUUAUCUACAAGAAGAUCAAACAUCUCUCGCACGGUCAAUUCUCAACCGACAAUCACACGAGGCUCAACGGACCGGAUGCAGGCAUUCCUAUCUUCGAAGCCAAGAUGACCAAGGACCUACGACUAGUGUACCAGAUUGAUUGCGUCCCUGACCAAAAUGGAGAGUUCGAACAAGUCAUCAAAGUAUAUGGGAUCUACAAACACUCUGAGCUCGGCAGAAUAUGGAAUGUCUUGGGCAACCAUCUAGCACGCAGGGGUGCGGAAUAUCGCAGACGAUGUGUAUUUCGUACCAAACCAGCUGGCAACAUUAUUCUGCCGGCCUCAUUCCCGCCGACAGAACCCGAGCCAGAAAUUCCGGGACCUGAGCCAGAAAUUCUGGCAAGCCCACUGGAUCUCAGUGCUAAGGACAUGGCGCAUCUUCAAUAUUUGCUUGUCCUGGAGAAAUAUGUUACAUUCUCACAGGCAUUUUUACAUGGUCUCAUCGCAAACCAAGAUAUACACCACGUCUUCAUGCUCUCUCCUCAAGAACAAAAGGUUGUCGAGUGCACUGCGUCAUGCUAUGUUUUGGGUCGCAGUGGCACUGGAAAAACGACGACAAUGCUGUUCAAGAUCCUUGGCAUUCAGCGAGCCUGGGAACUGAGUGCUAAUGGCAUGUGCAAGCCACGUCAAAUCUUCGUCACUAAAUCUAGAUUAUUGGCAACAAAAGUCGAGGAAUACUUCACGAAGCUUCUCGAGUCCCUGGCAAUGGCAGGCUAUACACUACCCGAAAUUGCAAAACUUAAGGCGCAACGCAUCGAGGACGAUCUUGUUGAUCUUGACGAUGCUCCUGAGUCACAGAUGAAUUUACCGGCGAGAUACAGCCAACUUGAAGACAAGCAUUUCCCCUUAUUCGUGACUUUUGAUCGACUAGCAAAGAUGAUCGCAGCCGACAUCAUCGAAAUGAAGGAUCCUGACAUGAAACGUAUCGCAGUCCUUUUUUUCAAUACUAAUGAUCCAGGGGUGCAUGACUCGAUUGUCACCUAUGCUGUAUUCGAAAGCCAGUAUUGGCCGCAUUUUCCGCAGGGUCUCAUUAAGAACCUUAAUUCAUGGUUGGUUUUCAGCGAGUUUAUGGGUAUCAUCAAAGGCUCCGAACAGGCAUUGGCCUUUGAGGAUGGAUUCCUCGACCGUCCAAGCUACCUUGGUCUUUCCUACCGCUGCUAUCCGAUUUUUGCAAACCAAAGAGACACUCUCUAUGAUAUGUUCGAGAUCUACAGAAAGUUUAAGAAGCAGAAACGCCACUUCGAUGUAGCGGAUCGUACGCAUGCAAUACUCAAGGCUUUGCGAAAUAAAAAUUUUCCUAGUCAACAGGUUGAUUACCUGUAUGUCGACGAGGCGCAAGACAAUCUUUUGAUCGAUGCGCUGGUCUUGAGGCGACUGUGUAAGAAUCCAGAUGGUCUUUUCUGGGCUGGGGAUACUGCGCAGACGAUCUCUGCCGGAAGUUCCUUCAGGUUCAACGAUCUGAAAGCGUUUGUUUAUCGUAUGGAGCGUCACGGUAACUUAGUAGCCCCUCCCACUGGAGCUUCUGCGCAGCAACCAAUCAUGUUCCAAUUGGCCACCAACUACAGAUCACACAAUGGCAUCGUGAACUGUGCUCACUCUGUCAUCGAGCUCAUCACGAAGUUCUGGCCAAACGCAAUUGAUCACCUUCAACCUGAAAAGGGAAUCGCCCAUGGAGAGCAGCCAGUAUUUUUCACAGACAUGGAUGUCGACACUCUUUGCAAACGGUUUUUGGUUGGUGAGAGUGCUAGUAACUCAGAGCUUGGAGCCCGCCAGUGCAUACUUGUGCGUAAUGAAGCAGCGGUCAAGAAGUUGCACGAAAAAGUAGGCGAUAUUGGAAUGAUAAUGACGCUCCAUGACAGUAAAGGCCUUGAGUUCGACGAUGUUCUCUUGUACAACUUUUUCGAAGAUUCCGCUGUAGAUGCCACAUGCUGGCAGGUAGUUCUCAACGGGGUGCAGGGUCAAGGAUAUGUGCCUGAUUUUUAUCGUCAUGAGACUCGGUACGCUGGAAUAUGCAGUGAGUUGAAAAUCCUCUGCGUGGGAAUUACCCGAGCAAGGAUGAACGUAUGGAUCUUUGACACGUCUGAUAAGUCUCAUGCUAUGCGUAUUUUCUGGAAGUCUCAAAAUCUAAUCCGCCCCUACACCAAUGUUUCUCCUCUAGCCGUACACUCUGCUCCAGAAGAAUGGGCAUCCUCCGGGCGCUCACUGUUCUCGCACAAGCGUUACUCACAGGCCAUUCAUUGCUUCAAACGCGCUGACCUUCGCCGCGAAGUGAAGGUUUGCGAAGCUUAUCUACUACGGGAGGCAGCGCGUUCCAUUGUCGGAGUGACUUUGCUUAACGUCCAGCAAAGGGCUUUUACUGCGGCAGCAGAUGCCUUUGCUGACUGUGGGGCAGCUGCGACGGGCAAUGAGAGACGUCAAUAUUACCGCACCUCGGCGGACUGCUACGUCCGAGGAGGACAAGAUCUCAAAGCUGCUGAUACCUAUCUCAAGGCUGAAGAGUUUGAGCUAGCUGCAAAGAAAUAUCGCAAGGCUGGAUCUUUUGACAGGACGCUCCAUGUCCUUACUGACCACCACGACAUGAUACCUGAAAAGACCGCGACAGAUUUGCGGAUGGUAUGUCGGCUUCAUUACUGCGGCAGAGGCAACGAUCAGGCUCCCUUGCCUCUCUUCUCGACGUUUGAUGAGGAACUCGAGUUUCUGGAGGACUAUGAUCUCGAUUACGCUCGCGCCUCACGGCUUGAAUCUCACUCAAGGUACUAUGAGGCCGCAGAGCUCCACUUGUCGGAGAAUAGGCCCUUGGAAGCUGUCCAAGCAUUCAUCAAGGACAACAGCAAUGUCGAUUCUACUAUUCGUGCGGCCGACACCAUAUCGGAAUAUUUCUGGCGCAAAUGCUCCUUUAGAAUCACUGCAAAAACUGCCCUCGCUGAUGAGCCGAUGCGGCAUUUCAUUGAUCUCGCUGAUCAGCUAGAGACGAAGAAACUAACGCCGGAGACGCGUGAUCUAAUAUCGAUGUUUCGGAACAUCUUGCGCGGAAGUCAUGAGCCGUUGAGAAAUCUUGCGCUUGCUUUCCAUGAACAUAAUAAGCCAGCAGCUCUCCUUUGUCUGGACCAUGUAUUCUCUCGAACCACAGACAUUCGACCUUUCGCGGUCGACGAAAUGCAACGGUUCCUUCAACAAUUCCACGCCUAUGCGCGACUGCUCUAUCUGAUUUUGACCUUCCCUGACCCCAUGGAGCAUCAGGGUAUUCAGAGACUGUUCUCCAUCGUGCGGCUGUCCGGUGACGAGUUUCUCAUACCUGGUGGAACGUUCCUCCACAAUUGUGUGAUGGAAACCCGCCAAGGCAUCACUUGGGUAUCGGAACAUCCGUCUGGGUAUACAGCCUCUCGCAGAAAUGUCACCCAGCUGCUACAACGAUCCAUUCGAACGAUCUUGAAAGACAAAGUGUCGGAGAUUGAUGCUAUGUGUUGCAAAUCUCCCGUUUUCUCGCAAUGCCUGCAAUUCUUGAUAUCCGGAGUAUGUCGAAGAGAAAACUGUCCCCAAGAGCAUGUUGCAAUAUCGAAAUUGGAUCGUCUGUAUUACAACAACCGCGUUGCCAUCCACAUCUGGCAGAUUCUCAUUUUGCAAAUCAUGUACUCCGCUCAUCCAUAUAUUGAACGACGCAAGAGCAUGAGGGACUGGCUCAAGCAUCUUUACGAGGCUAUCAAUCCACCCUUCUUCAUUCAAGGUUCCCCCGCGGACCUUGACAUGAACUUGAUUCCUCUUCGUCUUGAUGGCAUGAAAGUGGUGAAGCUCUGGAUCCGUGAAUCCUUCUACUCGCUCGACCCAUUCUAUACUCAGGCUGAAUUUUUGACGGCGUUGAUGGGGAUAACCAGUCUAAGUUUCGCUUUUGAUAGGCACGACGCACCUGUCUACAUCUCUCGAGCAAAGUGUACGGACUCCGGACCGUCAGAACUCUAUCGCCAGGGGGACGGUUGCUAUAUGGUUCAUAACCUGCUCAACUCUUACCGAGGAGCUACCCGCAGCAGCAUCUCAUCUGGAAUCCUGUAUCUUCUGCAUGUCCUCGAUAAUAGUUUAUAUGCCAACCUCUCUGUGCUGUGCGACUGCAUCGAAGAUGUCUGCAGCGCUUUCAUAAUCAAGUACCGAAUGAACCCAGCAUUUAAUGAUUUCCCCCUCCACAACGCCCUCCUUCCAUGCAGUUGGCUGUUGUCUCCCCACAAAUUUAAUGCGGAGAAAGAAACUAGGCUAGUAUUGAUGGAUGACCUCCUGGAUGCGAUGGCGAGUUUGAUCGAAGCAUUGCGCACGGAGGCCGGCAUGGAAUUUCUCUGGCUGAACCAUACGAAACUUACGCCUAUUCUCCGUAAUAUUUUCAUUUCCCGGAUCUGCAGAGUUCUCUGCCUUCUUGCUCAUAAUAUCAGAAAUCGCCCCAUGAGAGACAAAGUUGACAAGAUCAUGCUGUCUCUGCACAAGAACAGCCCUCCUUCGAGUUGGCGUACAGCUAACUAUCGGAAACUCGUAGACGACGUGGUCAAGUACAUGACACCCUUGCCAGGACGGAUGCCACCUUCAGACGGUUACCUGCGAGCUCUCCUGGCUUUCGACAACAACAAAGGAGUGAGCGAUCUGGUGCACCUUGUCCACAAAACGAUGAACCAGCAUACCCGAGUCCAUAUAGUCCGACGGCUCGUAUACGAGAAGAUCAUCGAGAUCCCCCAUCUCCUUUCGUCGUACGCAGUGAUCGCGCAGUCUACUCUGAGAGUGGAGGCCCCGGCCUUUGUACCUCACUUAGAACAUUCCAAGGACCGACCAGAGGUUAUGCAGCACGAUGAGAAAGAGAUAACGGAACCCCAGCCUCAAGAGUUCGAAGGAGCAGAUGAAAAUGAGGAAGAUGUCACGGCGAAUACUGGUGCUGAGACCCGUGAUGCGUUGGAGACUUUGGAUGAGGCGGUGACGUCGCUUGCACCUGAUCUUGAUGAGUCGCUACGCUCUAACGGACCAUCAGUAGAGGAAAAAGAGGCAGCUCGCAAGAUUCAGAACGCGUACCGCCGUUACGUUAAACGUCGCUCAAGUCGUGCAGUGAAUGCUGAAAUCGAUGCGAUAUUCAUGACAUGCCUGAAGGAGACACAGUCAUCUGAAUGGCGUGAGACGCAGUCCUCUGAAUGGCGUCCAGGUCAUUACAACUUACUUUUCCUUGGACCAUUGCCUCACCUUCUGGUGUGCCUGGAACGAGGCAUUGCUCUGACUCGUGCUGCCAAAGCGAAGACGAAAGGCCUUCUCAACAAGGAAUCUCAUGAAAAACUUGAGGAGCUGGGCAAGCAGAGAAGCGAGAUAGCAAUGCUCCUUAAGAAGGGAUUGAAAUUGCGCAAGCAGUUAGAACCUUCCUCACCGGCUCAUCGUGCCCGUGACAUUGACGCACUCAAACGCGGAGUUCUAGAGGUCAAGGAAUUCAUGCAGAGAGUUCCCGGCAACAUGCAAAAUAUGCAAACCGAGUUUCAAAUGGCCUGUAAGGGUAUUGUUACAGAGAAGAAGGUUCGUGCGCGAAAGGAGAAAGAAAGACCUACUCUCAAUGUCGAGGAUAUCGACGAGUAUUGAUUUUACUAAGAUUUUAGAGACUCGACACUGCCGUUUCAUCGUGUAUCAAUAUAUUGUACUGAAUGUAUUCCCGUAAUCAAUGCCGGUGCGCGCGAGAGCAAGCUCAAGUGGAUAAUAAACGAGAACAGAACACUUACAAUGUGGGAACUACCACACUGCGGCCCAUACCAAGGUCAGCUCACUGCACGCUGCUA